UUGGGAAGCCAGUGCUCGUGCCUCUGCCUGAGGACCAGAUGUUCCACUGCACUGGUCAUCCGGGCCCUUCACCUUCAGCUCGGGGACAGCUCUCCUGCUGUGCCAGUGCACUUGGGCUGCUUCAGGAGAAAGGGACGGGAGUGCCCUCCCUGCAGUCUGAUUGCCUGAUCAUACAAAGUGGACAACCUCUUGUGCUGAUGUAUCCUAAAGUAUAGACCAUAGACACUUGAAAACCUGAAACUACCAUCACAGUUUUGCUUUCAGUGUUGUGGUAGUUGUGGUGGUAGCUGGAAGUGAUGUGGAUCUGGACAGCUCACUUUGUCUUUGCUGGGAAAGGUGGGAGUCUCAAUGUCUGUGGUGUCUCCACCUGCUCAGCCUCCUUUUACUGGUAGAAGAGAGAACAUAUAUGCUGAUAAAAUGAUACUACUGAUCAAUCCUGACCAGAACUUCAGAGGGAUCCUGACUGAAUUACAACAAAACCAUGCACACCAGUGUUGAAUCAGCCCAAAGUGCCUGCCUUGGGUUUUUGCACAAAGUCAGUUAAACAUGCACACUCUCCUCUGUAAAGGCAGGGCCAUAUUCCAGGCAGGGCCAUUUUCCAGGUUGCAGAAAAAUCCCAAAUGUCGUUCUGCUACUGGAGUGUGAAUCGCGUGUAGCCAUGCUGGGCAGUUGUCAAUCUGCUCCUUUUCUCCUUGCAUGUAUUGAGCUGCUGGGCUGCGCUGUAACAUUAGCCCCUGUAGCAGGGAGGAGGCAGCUGCAGGAGCAGCAGAGUACAAAGAGAAAGCUUUCUGCAGCCUGGAGGGUUUGCGUCCCUCCCCCAUCUACAAGGUUUUUACAUCUGCUCCCAUAGUCACCAAAGACAGAAAGAUAUAGCAACCCACAACAAACCCACAGAGGCAGAGCUGUGAAGCUCUCCCCAGAAAGCUGACUUACACUAAACCUCUCCACUCCUUCUCGUCACUCUGCAUCUGGGUCUGCUGUGACUGCUGCCUUCAGAUGAAGUAGACCCAGCUGCCAGGACUGCUUUGGCCUGUAUGCGCAGGCAUCUCUGGUUGCCUUUAGAGCUUUUGGAUUUUUGUCUUCUCAGUUAUAGAAUUGUUCUAAUUUGCUAAAAAAGAAGUCUGUCUGAAAAAGCCAGGAACACAGAACACCAUUCUUCUUUUUUUUCUUCCCUUGUCUCAUCUAGGAUAGUUGACUUCUUUAACGUUCAUUUUCAACAGCCUCUUUCAGCUUCCUGCCUCUGCUGUGUUUCCACCUUUGGAUGGGGCAGGAGUUGAACUGUGGCAUCUGGCAGAAGCCAGCUUUAAUGUGGGAUUUAUCCUGAAUAAAAUACUUGCAGAAGAAAAAGAAACGUCAUUUGACUGAUUGAAGAUUUAAAACCAACAGAGUCAUGUGGGAGAAAACGAAAUUUUAGUCUCAAGUGGCAGAAUCGAGCCAUAAGAAGUAAAGAGAUUUGGAUGGUUUCUCACUAAAUGGAAAUUAUAUAGAAGGCUUCUAAUACCACUGCAUCUCUCCAUCCCACUCCUGCUGCACAGAGACCGUACUCUUGGCCUUGGACGUUAAUAAAAUGCUGGAUUCAGUCAAGUGUGUUCUGGUGGGAGACUCUGCCGUUGGGAAAACAUCUCUCCUGGUACGUUUCACCUCUGAGACUUUUCCAGAUGACUACAGACCCACUGUAUAUGAAAAUACUGGAGUGGAUGUCUUCAUGGAUGGCGUACAGAUCAGCUUAGGUCUUUGGGACACGUCUGGCAGCGAUGCCUUUAAAAGCAUUCGCCCCCUCUCCUACCAACAGGCAGAUGUGGUAUUAAUGUGCUACUCAGUGGCAAACCAUAAUUCCUUUCUGAACCUGAGGAACAAAUGGAUCAGUGAGAUCCGCGGCCAUUUGCCCCGCAUCCCCGUUUUGGUGGUGGCCACUCAGACUGACCAGCGAGACAUGGGUCCCUACAGUUCCUCCUGCAUCAGCCCUAUAGAUGGAAAGCGGCUCGCCCAGGAUGUGCGAGCCAAAGGCUAUUUGGAGUGCUCUGCCCUCAGCAACAGGGGAGUGCAGCAGGUGUUUGAGUAUGCUGUGAGGACAGCAGUCAAUCAAGCCAAAAGGCAAAACAGGCGGAAGCUCUUCUCCAUUAAUGAGUGCAAGAUCUUUUGAGGACUGUCAGCAGUGGUUUUGCUCACGUUUGUUCUUUCUGUUUUCUCACAAAGACGCUGCAGCAGAGAAAAUGGGAGGUGAAUCAAAGAAGGGCUCCUGGCAGGACGACAGUGCAGGUGCCUCUUAUGAGACAGGUGUGCUCUUUAUCUGAACCUCUUCCCUCCAAAACACGUGUGCUGUCUUGAAAAACAAAAGGUGCAUACCCUUAUUCACAAGCCUGUGUUUGGACUUUGCAAGCCUGAACUGCAGCAGGCCUAGCCUGCAGAUCUGCAGAUAACAGCAGUGCUGAUUUUGGUUUUGUUUCUGUCAAUGUUCCUCAGUUGUUGGUUUGUCUGCAUCUGCAUUUAUUUAAUGACAAAAUUCUGCCUGAAACAGCCCCCACCUCUGUCCUUGUGGAUUUUUUUUUUACUUAAGAAUGUGGUAUAUAAAACCUGAGCAAUGUGUAUUUUAUUUAGAGGACUCAUGGAUAUGUUGUUGAAAAUCACAAAAGUUGGUUUUAACAUUUUGAUGGUUCUCCCUUUAGCUAACCACAGAAAUGAACUGUCCUAUCCAUGUAAUAAAUACCCUGCAGGCAGGCCUUGGACUUGCCUGAGUCAUUGCAUAAUGAUCAUCAGUAUGUCCAGCAUAGGAGUAAUCAAAACUUAGUGAAAUUUGACAGCUGUCUCCUGCAGUUUUGUGAGAUUUGUUACCUUAAUAUUGUUCCUCAACAAUGUGGUCAAAGGUGGGAAACUAAUCUGAUUCUUCCUAGACUUCACUGGCUUACAACCUCACAGCUUGCAGACAGGGUUGGUUUAGGCAUAUGGUUGGGCUGGUAGGGAUGAAUCUGUGCUACCAUCAACUCUGUUGUCCCUGCUGUAAUUCUGGAGGCAAAAGAUUUCAGUCUCCACAGAUGGAAGAUAUUUUUUCAUGAGCACUUAUAUUCUCAUAUAUUUUUAGUACACUCUGUUUCAAAGCAGUGGUUUUAGUGGAACCAGUCACCAACAUUAGUAAAAGAUUGAGUACAAAGCAAGGUUGACUUUAGAAUGGCUAAAUGACAUUUUUUUGAGUUUGCAUGCUAAGUAUAAUUGCCUAGGUUGUAUCCAAGUAAGACUGAAACAGACUUCACAUCCUGGGGAGCCUGUCAAGUCUAGGAGCCAAAUCCUGGUGGAUGUACGGGGGCCAAGUUACCCUGCUACACAGAAAGGCAGGCUAAGGAAAUGGAAACUUCAGGUGUGUAAGAGAACUCUGCUAGAAGAUGAAGUGGGCUCAAGCCACGAUGCUGUGCAUUCCUUGUGAAUUGUGGUGCUCCCCUCCUCCUCAUAUCUGUCCCCUCUGUCCUGCACCCCCUCUAAGGUCUUGCAGAUCUGUCUCAUCCCAAGAGAAUUUCUUACUGCAGCAAGAUUUUCUUUGUCUCUUUUCCUGUCCUUCAGCUAGCUAGGAACUAACCUUUGAGGGACUUAUAGCAUGGUGCCAUAAAAGGUAGGUUUAUCUCACCUGUGAUGUAGGUGAGCAAGUAUUUACACUGUGGGCACCUUGAUUACCAGCGGGACACAGAACGUCCAGUGUUGUGAUUGUCCCACGAGCUUCUAGACUGUUGAAUAUUUACCACUCAUCAACCUGAUUGUAAGGGAGGCUUCUGAUCAUAAAAACAUCCCGGUCUCAUCUGAGGUUUUUAUAUCAUCUUUAAAUCUUUACAAACUUCUGCACCUGAGCACACACUUCUGUCACCACCCAUCUUCCCUGAAUUCUUCUCUUUCCUACUUCUCUUUCUUCUCAAGUGUUGAUUUGUCACUGAAACACUAAAACUGACAUAUUGGUAAAAGAAUCUGAAUGGCAUUGUACUUGUGUAGAGUUAUGCAAGUGGCCAAGUAUUAGCAGUCCUGGUUAAAAAUCUUUUGGCUUUUGGGAGAAAUAUUCUACAUGUCAACUCUUGCAACACCUCUCCACUGGAAGUCUUAGGUUUUGUAACUCUAAUUAAAAGUAGCCAUUGUUACAGUUUGAACAUUAAAGAUUGCAUGAAAAAUGCUGUCUUUUUUUUUUUUCCUCAGUGUGUUAAAGUCUGUUUACAACAGUUCAUGCAGUUUUUAUGUGCUGAAGAGCAGUAAUCACCAGGUGAGAAUGCUGUGUUGUGGUAUCUACCGCAAAGUGCCACAUUUGGGCACCAGAAAGCUCCACAGAAUUGUUAUCACAGACAAAGCCAGACAAAAUGUAACCGAAAAUCUCAUCUCAUCUGUAUUAGCUUCACAAAACUUGUUACGUUGUCUUGCAAAAUUAAGAAAUUGAUGUCUGUUGCAAUUGUGAAGCCAGGUGGAUAGGCUUCUUUGAGAUGUCUGAACUGACAAUACAGGGUACACAGCAAAUGUAGGGAUGGCUUGAUAUACUCUUGAUUGUGCAUUCUAGAGCCAGUGCAAAGUGUGAGGCCACUGGAAGCCAGCUGAUUUUUAAAAUCAAUUUGUAAAGAGUAUAAAGUAAUGGGGAUUUUGAUUUCCUGCUCUGUGAAAAAAACAGUUCAAAUUUUCACAGCCUGUUUUUUUUCAGACUCUCAAAGCUAAAAGGCACUUUUCACUGGGAACAAGCUGUGAAGCUCAUAUAUUUUAGUGCCUGUAAUUAUGUGGCUUUCCCUGAUCUAUAGAAUCGAUAUGCUCAAAGGGUGUGGCAGCCCCAAACAGAGGUUGAAAUCUAGACACAGCAGAACUCAGCUGAAGAUUUGGCUGAAUGGUAUAUUGGGGUUUGCUGCUUGCACAACUGCAGCCCUGUUCUCUGUGGUGGGAACAACAAGGGACUGCUGAGGUCUGCUGUGAAACCCUUCCAGGGUGGUUUUGCUUGUGUUUACUUGGGUAACGGGUCCCUGGGAACUGUUUAGAAUUAAAAUCUGGCUCUGGUAUUUGAAAUACAUUAAAAUGACACGUGGAUUUUUAAUUUCUUUUGCUCUGAAAACAGCAAAACAGAAAAAAUGUGCAGCCCUGCCUCAGUUGAGUCAAGCUUUCAGCUGAGAGAAGAGACCUUGCCCAAAUAUUCUCCUGUUUUCUCGAACAGAUCCCUUUCCAUUUGAUGUUCUGUUGCUAAUAUUCUUUUUGCUUGUUAUUAAAACAGGUUAAAGUUUUAUUUUAAAAAAUUAUUUUGAAUACAGAUUUCCCAUGCUUUUAAAUUUACAUGAUAUGCAGAACACAAUAGAAAUAUUUUCUACAAGUAAAUAGUAAAAGUAUGUUUCAAAUCAUCACUCUUGCCCCCCCCCAGUUUUUCAUGCAGAAAAUUAUUCAAGCUUGGUAGAUAUAAUUGAUACUGUUUUGCCUGAUAUUUGCAUUUAACAGUUUGCAAAUUUUUGUGCAAUUUUUGUGGGUACUCUGUGUUUACUAAAGUCUGUGGACACAAACUAGCUGAUACUUGUGUUAAUAAAGAAAAUGUGUUUAAGGGA